AGGGUGAAGUUCGAUGACUGACAUUAAAUUGAUCGAAUGGGUGUUUCCAAAGGGUGGGGAUUCAGAGCAUGACAACUUCCGCAAUUCAGUGAGCACACGUGUUGAGUAAGACUGGCGUAUUACACUGUACGCACUGUUUUACUGAACCUUGGCUGCAGGUCCAUUACGUCUCUCAUCCGGUUUAAGUAUCAGGGACACAGCCUUUGGAGGAUUAAUCUGACAGCAGCCAGUUAUCCCCAGCUCCAUUUUUACCCCUUUCCCUUCUAUCACAAGCUCUUCACCCCCAUGGAGGACUUGGAGCCCUUGCUGCCCCCUGCUCUAGCAGGAGAGAAGAGGACGUGCCCGGGGGGAGAGCCAGGCCACAGCACCAAGAGGCCCAAGGUGGAUCCCGAUGAGCAGAACGGAAGGCUCUCCCACAGUCCCGCCCAGGAGGAAGAUGAAGAUCCAGCGGCCGGGGUGAAGGAGGGGCUGGAGGAGGAGGAAGAAGAGGGGGAGCCAGAUGGGGAGACGUUUGCAGACAUGAUGAAGCAUGGGCUGACCGAGAUAGACGUGGGGAUUCUGAAGUUUGUCAGUGACCACGAGGGGUUCUCCGGUAUCUUGAAAGAACGGUAUUCUGACUUUGUGGUGCACGAGAUCAACCGAGAUGGGAAGAGGGUGCAACUGGAUGACCUGUCCAUUCCCCCCAUGCCUGAGGAGGUUCCGGAGGUCGAGGAACCGGAGCAGGAGACGGAGGUUCUCUCAGACGAACACAAGCAGCAGCUGGGGGAACUUCAACUCUUCAAGAACAAGGAAGGGAAUGUGUCCAUUGAGGUGGUAGAUGAUACGAAAGAGAAGCGAACCCUGGUCCACAAAGCCAUCAAGACCCAGUACCCAGGCCUGGAGACCAAGACAGAGGAGAGGGAAGGCAAGAAGUUCAUCGUGGCCUACCAUGCGGCUGGGAAGAGAGCUCUGGCAGCUCCCAGAAAACACUCCUGGCCCAAAAACCGUGGCAACUUCUGCCACUUUGUCCUCUACAAGGAAAACAAGGACACCAUGGAGGCGAUCAACGUGCUCUCCAAGUUCCUCAGGCUCAGACCUAAUGUCUUCUCCUACAUGGGAACCAAGGACAAGAGAGCCAUCACUGUGCAGGAGAUCGCCGUUUUCAAGAUAACGGCAGAGAGACUGUCUCACCUCAACAAGUGCCUCAUGAACUUCAAGCUGGGAAACUUCCUCUACAAGAGCCACCCUCUGAAGCUGGGCGAACUGCAGGGGAAUCACUUCACUGUCGUCAUCAGGAACGUGACAGGGACCGACGAGCAGAUCCUCCAGGCCAUGACGUCCCUCAGAGACACCGGCUUCCUCAACUACUACGGCAUGCAGCGCUUCGGCACCACGGCCGUCCCCACCUACAUGGUCGGCAGGGCCAUCCUGCAGAACAACUGGAGCGAGGUGGUGGACCUCAUCCUCAAACCCCGAUCUGGAGCGGAGAAGAGCUUCCUGGUACGCUGUCGGCAAGAGUGGGCGGAGUCCCAGGACCCCGACGCCGCCCUGAGGAAGCUUCCGGUGAAACGCUGUGUGGAGGGGCAGCUGCUGCGAGGGCUCUCCAUGCACGGCAAGAACAACAUCAUCACCGCCUUCGGACUGAUCCCCCGGAACAACCGCCUGAUGUACAUCCACAGCUACCAGAGCUACGUGUGGAACACCAUGGUCAGCCGGCGCAUAGAGGCCUUCGGUCUCAAGGCUGUGGAGGGGGACCUGGUCCUCAGGGGAGGCACUGCGUCUGCACUGUCUGCAGAGGAGGCAGAGCAGCACUCCAUCCAUGACAUCGUGAUGCCCCUGCCUGGGUUCGACGUCAUCUACCCCACCCACCACGUGGGGAAGGGCUACAGGGAGAUGCUGGCGGCCGAUGAGCUGGACAUAGACAACAUGAGGCACAAAGUGAGGGACUACUCUCUGGCCGGAGCCUACCGCCGAGUCAUCAUCCGACCCAGCGACGUCCACUGGGAGGUGAUUCGCUACGACGACCCCCGGAUCUCCCUGGUGCACACGGACGUCGAGAAGUUGGAGAAGAAACCUGCCCCGGUCUUCAACACAGAGGGUAAGUACCGGGCCCUGAGGAUGGACUUCUCCCUGCCUUCCUCCACCUACGCCACCAUGGCCAUCAGGGAGGUGUUGAAAAUGGACACCAGCAUCAAGAACCAGACCCAGCUCAACACAACCUGGUUCAACUGAGACGGGGCCAAGCACAGGGCUGUCGACGCCCGGCCACUGGGCCCUGCUACUGGGCUCUCCUUGCUAGGUGUGAGGGGUAGUGUUUGGGUUCCUCCCCAGCCCAAAAGGGUGUUCCUCUGAAGCAUCAGAGCGAUUUGUGGAAUCACCAGGCACACUGCUUUCAAGAAAGGCAACAAAUUGUUAAAACGUACAUUAGGAAGAUCGUCGUGUAACAAGAGCGCCUCUACUCUUUUGUUAGUUUCAGUUUUAUCAGGAAGGUGUUUUAUUGUGCGUUUUUAAAGCUUUCCUGUGAGUUUCCUUGUUUUGAAUAGACAGGCUCUGGGAGGGUUUUUUGUAUAUUAUUUGAUGGUUUUCUAAUCUAUUGUGAUUUUAUUCUCUUGAAUAAAAUUUGGAACAAA